AUGGCCCGCGACAAAGAUUCCGACGUACCGCAGCCUGGUCCGGCUGUUCUCACAUCAAAUGCCGGCCCUGAUGAGUGGCUCGCGCAAGCCAAACUGUGCCGCUACCUCCCCGAGGCCGACAUGAAGAGGCUCUGCGAGAUUGUGAAAGAGUGUCUCAUGGAAGAGUCGAACAUCCAGCCCGUUCAGGCACCGGUAACGGUAUGUGGAGAUAUCCAUGGCCAAUUCUAUGAUCUGCUGGAACUGUUCAAUGUGGCUGGUGGUAUGCCCGGUGAGGUGGACGAGCGGGCAGCGGCAGCAGCAGCGACAGAGCGCGAGAAAGCAGCCAGGUCGUCCAAGCGGACUAGCAUGAGCACGCCCGGCGCAUCAGGUGCAUUCAGCGCCGCAGACCUUGAGCCACCUACCCAGAUCUCCGACCCGAAGGUAAAGAGGAAGAUGAAGAGGCGCUUCCAGCGGGACAGCGCAUAUACGUCAUCAGCAUCGAAUGAUGGCUCUGAGCCCGGCGGCGACGAUGAGGAAGAGUUGAGGGGUAGAGUACGCAGCAGGAGCAUGGGAGAGGCUAUCGACGAUGAUGAAGAGAUAGAAGACGAUGCGAGUGAGGAUAGUGGGGUUGGUGUUAGGAGUCCUGGCCGCACAACCUCAGUCAAGUCUGGCAGCAAAGUCGACCACGCCAACGGCCAUCAAAACUUCAUCUUCCUUGGAGACUUCGUUGAUAGGGGCUACUUCUCCCUCGAGACCUUCACGCUGCUGAUGUGCUUGAAAGCAAAAUACCCAGACAAAGUUACUCUCGUCCGAGGUAACCACGAGUCUCGUCAAAUUACCCAAGUAUACGGCUUCUACGAGGAAUGCCAGCAGAAAUACGGCAACGCCAGCGUCUGGAAGUCUUGCUGCCAAGUCUUUGAUUUCCUCGCCCUGGCCGCCAUUAUCGACGGCAAGGUUCUGUGUGUACACGGCGGUCUUUCCCCAGAAAUCAGGACACUCGAUCAAAUAAGAGUUGUGGCGAGAGCGCAAGAAAUCCCGCACGAGGGAGCUUUCUGCGAUCUCGUUUGGAGUGACCCUGAAGAAGUGGAUACCUGGGCCGUGUCUCCUCGAGGCGCUGGCUGGCUUUUCGGCGACAAGGUGUCGAGCGAGUUCAACCACGUCAACAACCUCCAGCUCAUUGCCCGUGCUCACCAACUGGUCAAUGAGGGCUACAAGUAUCAUUUUGCCUCUCAAGAUGUUGUUACUGUCUGGUCUGCACCGAAUUACUGCUACCGCUGCGGCAAUGUCGCGAGUAUCAUGACUCUCGGCGAAGACCUGAACCCCGACUUCAAGAUAUUCAGCGCUGUGCCUGAUCACAGACGCGCGGUUCCCGCUGGACGACAGGGUAGGGGAGAGUACUUCCUGUGA